GGUGUGAAGCUCUCAGGUGAAACAGCAUCCUCUCAUUCCUUCUUCAUUAGACACAUCACAUCAAACUGAGAAUUGUCGUCACGCAGACUUUAAAGAGUCAUUUCCCCCACAAAAGGGAAUCUAAUUAUUUGUCUUUCCAUCACAUUAUCCGUCUAUUUAAGCCUUAUUCACACCCCAGUGAUAAGGUCGCAUUUUGGCACUUGGGAGUUUUUUCUUUGAACUUUGAGAGCUGUGAACCCAUAAACCUCCAGAGAUCGGUAUAAAAACACUUUGAGGGGAAAAAAAAUCACAGAAUCUGUCAUUCACCCAACCUGAUGUCAUCCUCGCUGCUUGGACUUCUGGGAGACUAUUUCUAAACAUGGACCUGGAGGUUUUCAAAGCUAAAAUCCUAUCUGAGUGGAGGAGCCACAGGAUCACUUUUGGAGAAGAUCCAGACUCUCUUCUCUCCACCUCUCCGGAGUCCUCCUCCAUGGACUCCAUGUGCUCCUCACCAGAGAUGUGCUUCUCUAGUGGGCAUCAGGACAUGAAGGACUUCUCUUUGGGCUUCUCUGGACGCAGGGCGACUCCAACAACAACAUCAGCGCAGAGGAUGAGCAAGCCCAAGAUGUCCACCAAGAGACGCGUGAAGGCCAGCGAGAGGGAGAAGAUGCGGAUGAGGAGCCUGGCAGAGGCUCUGCACCAGCUCCGGGACUACCUGCCUCCAGACUACAGCCAGAGUGGACAACCCAUGACCAAGAUACAAACACUCAAAUACACUAUUGAGUACAUCAACAAGCUUUCAGACCUCCUGAGCUGCGCAUAACGGACGCACAUGGAGCUUUGACCUUGGACCUUGGACAUUUAAUAGAGUUAGUUGUAUAUAUUUGAUGAGUAAUACAACAUCUUUAACAUAACUUCAUUUAAUAUUUCUUUUGUUUGCCCUUCUCUUGAUGUAAAUAUUGUUUACUGGGCACUUGGCAAUUAUUUUGUAUAUGAGGCUGCCUUUGAUGGAGUUAUGGAUUCAGUGUUUUGAAAUACAGUUUGCUGUUUGUUGAUAUUUAUAUGCUUUGCUUGUGGAAGGCUAUCUUAAUGGGUAUAUGCAUUACUGAUGAAGAAUCUCUCUAUAGCCUAUUCCAUGUGUUUGUGUUAACAGAGAACUUAGAGAAACAUUCAUAGUACUUGUUGUAUUUGGUUUCUGAUGUGUUUUAGAGUUUCAGUAGCUGCAUGAUAGCCU